AACUGGUAGUGGAACUGCUGGUAUUGAUUUGGAAGCUGCCACGAUACAUCAAGAUAGCCCAGCAUCGCCUUUGGCACAUUCAGUUAAGAUGGGCUGUAAGAAGAGGCUGUUUGAUCAUGGUCCAUCGGCUGAAAGAGUUCAAGGGAUGACCUGUAAUACUAACAAGAAAGAAAUUGCUAAAUUGAAUGAAACGAUUGAUAAGUUAGAGGCUGCCAAGGACGAGCUCCAGGAAAACCUCCAGGUUAAAGAUGACGAUUUUGACAACCUGUAUCGGCAGUAUACGAAUCUGACGUAUAAUUCGGCAAUACGGGACCAGCAUCACAAGCGAUGCACCCAUUUGAGGCUGUCAAGUCAAGUUUCCGCCUACACCCCUCGACAAGUUUCCGAAGCGAUAUUCAGCCAAACAUUUUAUGAAAAGGACCCUGAUAUUGACAAUGUUUUUGUGCCUUAUAUCACUGUGGAGUUACAGGGGCACUUGAAAAAGGGAAAACAAACAAAUAUAUUCAUGGCAAAACAUGGUCGCAAUCGGUAUUGUUGUAAAGAGUAUUCUGAUGAAGGGAAAUAUAUGAUGGCUCACCAUGAGUUCCAGGUUUUGUCGUGUUUAAAUGCUAAAUACACCCCAUAUCCCAUAGGUAUUUCUCUCUCCAACAGGAAGCCAGGAUUGGUUACAUCCCUUCAUCAGGUUGAUGAUUUGUGUUAUAAUCUGGGGGACUUUCUAUCGACAGACGCUUAUCGACCACUGAGUGGUGAGGAAUGGGCCAAUGUGGCGGUUACACUUGGGAUUCACCUUCGACAGUGUGUUCAAAAAAGUUUUUUUAUGGAAUAG